GCCCAAGAUCCAACUACUCCACAAACAAGUCCCCUCACAUAUCGGAGGCCCACGUUCAUUAACCGCCUUCCCUUCGACUUUCUUACCCCUAACGCCGUUUAAUUAACGCCUGUCAAAAACUUAUUCCCAUCCAAGGUUGUCAACCCGCGGGUCGACCCACUUUGACCCUGACCCGGUGAGAAAAAUGGGCCGUAGACACCCGUCGGAUCGCCGCUAUACGGUAUCGGGUUGAAGGUCAAAUUGUGUCAUUUUUUCUUUGGUUUGCGAAAUGCGCAUAUUUUCCGAUUUUUCUUUUCGCCUAACUCAAACUUUGGAAUCCUAAUUUGAAUAUUUGAAUAUUGAUGUAUAUAAGUAGGAAUGGCAAUGGGGCAGGUCCGGGGCGGGUUUCUUGAUACCCAGACCUGCCCCGGGGCAGGUCCGGGGCAGGUCCGGGGCGGGUUUCUUGGUACCCAGACCUGCCCCGUGGCAGGUCGGGUCCAGGUCGGGUAAUUGAUCACGGGUCGCGGGUCGGGGCAGGUCGACCCAAUGGGUAUGCAAUUUAUAUGAAAAACAUUAGAAAUAUUCGUUAUUUUUAUUAUAAGACUAAGAAAACAAACAAUAUUAUGACAAUUGUAGUUAAAUUAUUGGAGAAAUUGGGAUUUUUACUAAUUUACAACUUUAUUAUAGCUAAAAUAUGAUGCAAUAAAAGGAAAAUUCUCAGUAAUUUAACUAAGAUUACAUGUGAUUUAGACAAGAAUGGGUCGAGAAUGGGGCGGGUCAGGGCAGGUCGGGUCGAUGAGACUACCCAUGCCCGCCCCGCCUACGGGGCGGGUCGGACCCGCCCCGAAACAUGUCAAACAGGUCGGGUAAAACAGGUCAGGUCGAAAUUGUCAUCCCUAUAUAUAAGUGUGUGUGAAUUUUCACUUUAUGCUAGAUCUAAGUACGAUAUGUUAUUUUGGUGUAAUAUCAUAUGUUAUAACUCAUGUGUUAGAUAAGAUUUGAUAUAAUUUAUAAGAAAAAAUACAAUAUAAUGACUCUUUCCAUAUUUCCGGACCAAACCGAAUUAAAAUGAUUGACCCAUUAACCCUUGACCCACUAGCUCGACCGGGUUAGGGUCAACACGCGGGUUGACAACCUUGUUCCCAUCACUGUUUCCUUCCUCCCUCCCUUCUCCCACCGUUACCUUAACGUCACAAAAAUAUCCUGCCCCGUUCCCCCUCCGUUUCACUUUUUACCCUUCCCUUCCCGUUUUUCACUCUUCUCCCCUCUGUCUGCUUCGUUGUCGACCACCAUACCUUCCAAAAAAACUAUCCGUCUCCCCCCCAAAAAAGCUUUCUUACUAUAUAUUCACACUCUCUUCUCCUCUCUCCCCGCUCCCUCCCUCCCUCUCUUUAAUACAGACACAACCGUCCUUAUCCUCCGGCCCAGCCAUUCUUCCGUUCGUCGGCCUGCUCUCCCAACCCUAAGAUCCGACAAUGAGAGAAAUCCUGCACAUCCAGGGCGGCCAGUGCGGCAACCAAAUCGGCUCCAAGUUCUGGGAGGUCAUCUGCGACGAGCACGGCGUCGACCCGACGGGAAGGUACAACGGCGACGAGGCCUCCGAUCUCCAGCUCGAGAGGAUCAACGUCUACUACAAUGAGGCCUCCGGCGGCCGCUACGUCCCUCGCGCCGUGCUCAUGGAUCUGGAGCCUGGUACCAUGGACAGCAUCAGAUCUGGUCCUUACGGCCAGAUCUUCCGCCCCGACAACUUCGUCUUCGGGCAGUCCGGCGCCGGGAACAACUGGGCCAAAGGUCAUUACACGGAGGGAGCCGAGCUCAUCGAUUCCGUCCUCGAUGUCGUUCGCAAGGAGGCCGAGAACUGUGAUUGCUUGCAAGGUUUUCAGGUAUGCCAUUCGCUUGGAGGGGGCACAGGUUCUGGCAUGGGAACCCUUUUGAUCUCUAAGAUCAGAGAGGAGUAUCCCGACCGGAUGAUGCUCACGUUCUCGGUCUUCCCUUCGCCCAAGGUCUCAGACACCGUGGUGGAGCCCUACAACGCCACUCUCUCUGUCCAUCAGUUGGUUGAAAAUGCUGACGAAUGCAUGGUCCUUGACAAUGAAGCACUCUAUGACAUCUGCUUCCGAACUCUCAAGCUCAGCACUCCAAGCUUUGGAGAUCUGAACCACUUGAUAUCAGCAACCAUGAGCGGAGUAACAUGCUGUCUCCGUUUCCCUGGUCAGCUCAACUCUGACCUCAGGAAACUUGCUGUGAAUCUCAUCCCAUUCCCUCGUCUCCACUUCUUCAUGGUCGGAUUUGCCCCACUCACCUCCCGUGGAUCGCAGCAGUACAUCUCCCUCACCGUCCCUGAGCUGACUCAGCAAAUGUGGGAUGCCAAGAACAUGAUGUGCGCUGCCGACCCCCGCCACGGCCGGUACCUGACUGCAUCAGCCAUGUUCCGUGGCAAGAUGAGCACAAAGGAAGUUGACGAGCAGAUGAUCAACGUCCAGAACAAGAACUCGUCCUACUUCGUCGAGUGGAUCCCCAACAAUGUGAAGUCGUCCGUGUGCGACAUCCCACCCAGAGGGCUUAAAAUGGCUUCAACUUUUGUUGGGAACUCGACUUCCAUCCAGGAGAUGUUCAGGAGGGUGAGCGAGCAGUUCACUGCUAUGUUUAGGAGGAAGGCUUUCUUGCAUUGGUAUACCGGAGAAGGGAUGGACGAGAUGGAGUUCACCGAGGCUGAGAGCAACAUGAAUGAUCUGGUUGCAGAGUACCAGCAGUACCAGGAUGCUACCGCAGAUGAUGAAGGGGAGUACGAGGAGGAGCCUGAAGAGUAUGAGGGGUAAGAGAAAGGCUGCAACUUUCUCCUAAUGUUCCGUAUGUCUGUGCUUAAUCGCUAGUUUUUGUGUUCUUCUGGUUUGUUCCUUGUUUCUGGGAGGUUUGUGGAUGAUGUUUGAUGGGAAUAAUUUCCGACCAUUAUUUGCUUAAGGGAGUACGAGAGGAAGGAGGAGGAGCAGUUUCUUUGUUACUUGCUUUUUUCGUAUUCAAUGGCUGAAUUAUUACUUGGUGUAUGUUUCUUUUUUCUGGGCUAUGGUGGAAAUUUUUCUUGGACUAGCAAUUGGGGAUGUGUUUUUGAGGCUGUUGCUGUCAAUCUUUUUUGAGUUCAUGGAGCUCUUCCUCGAUGUCAGACUUCUCUUCAAUGCAUCCUAAAAGGGGUAUCAAUGCAAAAUCACUUUUCCCGUUUGUAUAUAUACGAGUUGGUAUUUAGAUUGGUCGUUCGCCAAAAUUCACAUUUUUUAAUGGCAAAAUAUAUGGCCAAAUCAUGUGUGUGACACAUACCACGUCAAUUAAUUUUGAGUUAUAAAAUAAUUAUUUUUGAAAAAAAAAAACAAAAAAAAUAUAUUUUCCCCCUACUCCCUACCAGUCGUCCCCUUCCUCCAGACCUGGUGGCGGCGGCAAGCAACGCUCAACCACCACCUUCUCGAACACCUGCGAAAACCCAGAAAAUUUAUCUUCCAUCUCUAACCCCUAUCGAUACCCGAGUGAACACCAUGCCCUUCCUUCUCCCUGCAAAUCCCUAAUCCCUCCUGCCCAGAAAUUUCUGCCUCGAUACAAAUUCCAGAUUGAGAAGCUAAAGGUCCAGAGAUUCGAAAAUUCUCAGUGAAGAGGAAGCAGUAAAGAGAUAUAAGGUCGAUUGAAGGAUGUGUUCCAGUAGAGAAGACGCCGAUACAUCGAUCCGGAUGUUUGCGCCUUUGCGAGGAAAGGUGGGAAUCUGUUGUGAGAAGAGGUAGGGUUGGGAGAAAGUGAUUUGUAUCUAAUACUCAUAGAACCCAAUUCCACUUGCGGGCAUUCCACCUUUUUGGCAAACUUGAUUUUAAUUCAAAUAACCAUCCAUUUAGCUUGAAUAUAUAUAAAGAAUUGUUAUAUUGUCAUACAUUUAUAGAUUAUAUCAAAUCUCAUCUAAUAUAUAUGUAAUAACAUAUAAAAUUACGGGAUUUUUCCAGAAAUAGCACUGUUAAAAAAAAAUUCCAAAAAUAGCACCUAAGUCCGAAAAAGUCCAAAAAUAGCACCCUUUCCCAAAAACCGCUCCCUACCAGUGCGGUUUAGGCGAAAACCGCCACCAGGGGCGCGGUUUUCGAUGAAAACCGCAUCCCUAGGGGGCAGUUUUGCAGAUCGCACCCCCACCAUGCGAUCUGUUUUUUUUUUGAAAAUCCUAACCUAGGUGGAAACUUCAAACGAACAUAUCUAUGUGUACGGGUAUCAGAUCGUCGCGAAUUUUUUUUAUUUUGCAUAACUUUUUGAGAUCUUGCAAGCCGAAGACUGCCGAAGGUGGUUUGAUCUCGCCUUCGUCCCAAAAAAUGUCGUUUGCUACCCCGCACGAGCUUAUUUCCGAUUUCGUCAAACUUUGGACAACCAUAACUUUGUGCUCCAAAAUCCAAACGACAUGAAUUUUUUUUUUAUUUCGCAUAAAUUUUUAAGGAAUACAACUUUUAUCAUAGACAUAAUUUCAAAAUGUACGUGGAUUGCUGAGAAGGGAAGGUAAGCUAUUCCCAAAAUCCUGUAUAUCCAAAAUAAUUCCUGUUUUGAAAAUUCAUUCUAAUAAAAAUUGCAGUCCUUAAAAAGUUAUGCGAAAUAAAAAAAAAUUCAUGUCGUUUUGAUUUUGGAGCACAAAGUUAUGGUUGUCCAAAGUUUGACGAAAUCGGAAAUAAGCUCGUUCGGGGUAGCAAACGACAUUUUUUGGGACGAAGGCGGGACCAAACCACAUUCGGCAGUCUUCGACUUGCAAGAUCUCAAAAAGUUAUGCGGAAUAAAAAAAAAAUUCGCGA